AUGCCGGCGGAGCCGCCGGUGGGUACCGGCCGGGUGGUGCUGGUGAAGAAGAUCGUCAUGAAGGACGGAGCAGCGCUCCAGCAGGGUAUCGGCAGGCCCAGCGUCUACCAUGCAGUGGUGGUCAUCUUCCUGGAGUUCUUCGCCUGGGGAUUACUCACCACGCCCAUGCUCACUGUUUUACAUGAAACCUUUCCCCAGCACACCUUCCUGAUGAACGGACUCAUUCAGGGCGUGAAGGGUCUGCUGUCAUUCAUGUCUGCUCCUCUGAUUGGUGCGUUGUCGGACGUGUGGGGGAGGCGGUCCUUCCUGUUGGUCACUGUCUUCUUCACCUGCGCCCCGAUCCCUCUGAUGAGGCUCAGCCCCUGGUGGUACUUCGCCAUGAUCUCCAUGUCUGGAGCUUUCUCCGUCACCUUCUCAGUCAUCUUCGCCUACGUUGCUGAUGUCACGGACGAAAGGGAGAGGAGCACAGCAUACGGUCUGGUGUCGGCUACGUUCGCAGCCAGCCUGGUGACGAGUCCGGCCAUCGGGGCGUACCUGUCGGCCUGGUAUGGAGACAACCUGGUGGUCCUGGUGGCCACGCUGAUCGCUCUGGCCGACAUCUGCUUCAUCUUGCUGGCCAUGCCCGAAUCUCUGCCCGACAAGAUGAGGCUCAACACCUGGGGGGCGCCCAUAUCCUGGGAGCAGGCCGACCCCUUCACUUCUCUGAGGAAGGUGGGUCAGGACUCAACAGUCUUACUGAUCUGUAUCACUGUGUUCCUGUCUUACCUGCCGGAAGCCGGACAGUACUCCAGCUUCUUCCUCUACCUGAGACAGGUCAUAAACUUCUCCUCCACAACCAUCGCUAUUUUCAUCGGAGUGGUGGGCAUUCUGUCUAUCGUAGCACAGACUCUCUUCCUCACUCUGCUGAUGAGGACUCUGGGUAAUAAAAACACAGUUCUGUUGGGUUUGGGCUUCCAGAUCCUUCAGCUGGCCUGGUACGGCUUUGGAUCAGAGCCAUGGAUGAUGUGGGCGGCCGGUGCUGUAGCAGCCAUGUCCUCCAUCACCUUCCCAGCUGUCUCUGCUCUGGUGUCACAGUCCGCUGAUCCUGAUAAACAAGGUGUGGUCCAGGGGAUGAUAACAGGGAUCAGAGGCCUGUGUAAUGGUCUGGGUCCAGCUCUGUACGGAUUUAUCUUCUUCCUCUUCAACGUCGAGCUCAACACUAUGGACCCCAUCCAGGGAGACUUCAACAUUGACCCCCUGCCUCUGCACAGUCCCACCGAGCGAGCCCUCAUCCCCGGCCCGCCCUUCCUGUUGGGGGCGUGCACCGUGGUCGUUGCCUUCCUCGUCGCUCUCUUCAUCCCCGAGAAGCCCUCCUGCUCCUCCUCUUCCUCCCAGCUGUCCCUCAGCGACAAGCCCCACCCAGACAGCAAAGAGUCGAUGUCCUCGCUGGCUGGCGUCCACAUCAACACACCCCUCCCCGGCAGCGACGAAGAGGCCCCUCCCACCGCCAGCGACGAGGACUUUGAGCCGUUGCUGCAGGACAGUAUCGUUUGA